AUGGGAGGCGUGGUGACGUGCAAUAAUAACGGUUGGUUGAGUGAUAAAAAAGCGCAAAUGAGAUUAAUCUCUGGGUCAGUCUCCGAGAUGAUUUUCUGGGUCGGACUCAACCAGAAGAGACCCAGGAUCAGUGGGGAGGGUGUGAGGGGUGGUGUGGAUCCGCUGUACUUUACGGUUUCUGUAUUAUACCAUCAACAACAACAACUACACCUGAACUACUUACUAGUUGUUAUAACCACUACUAGAUAG